UAACCAAAGAAACCACUCGAAAAGAACCAGAUUCUCAGAAAGCUUAUCAUGAAUUUAUCGAUCAUAAAUCACUUAAGACUAAUUUGACAUCAGAGCAACCAAACAAACCAAUAACAGAAAGCACUUUCGACCCCGAACACAUAAGCAUCAAAAUCCCUCUAUAAAACAUGAUUUAAGAAACCAUAGCUUUUAAAAAGGUCGAUGGUUUUUUGAAGGGGGUUAAAAAUUGUAGGUGGGCUGAAUGAAUGGGUGAAAAGCAAAGGUCCAGUGGUUACCAAGAAGCUUAGGAAAAUAAGUGAGCUCCUCUAUAAGCAAUGUAGCCAUGAAUUCAGGGGAAAAGGGAAAAAGAAGCUUUAAAGUAAAUGCUCCUCUUCUCCAACUAAUUUCCUCUUUUCAAUCCUUAACUUUCAGUCCAAACAUUUAACACUGGGCCCUACACCUUCCAAUCCCUAUGAUUAAUCAACCUUUUACUAUAGCCUGUUUAUGCAUAACUAAGGUAGGGUCACUAAUAUUCUAACACUUCUAUUUGGUUUGGAAAUCUCAGCCUCUAAACUAGUCAAAAGCAAGGCAAGUCUCUAUCAGUAUCUUGCUUGCAAGCUUUGGCUAUGGAGCCGCUUGCACCAUUCCUACCAACUUCAAACAAACCUUCAUAUCAGCGCAGCUUUCUAAAUGGUAUAAAUACUUAACAUUCUUCACAUUUUAAAUCAUUCAUUCAUCAUUCAUACUUGCAUUACCUCUGGAAGAGAAAACCAUUGCCAAAGGACAAUGGCUAGCUUGGUUUGCUUUGUUCGUCGUCUGACGUUUCUCUUUGUCACCUGUUGUUUUGGAUUGAUCUCGUUUUCUGCAGAGGCUGCCGUAAAGAGAUAUCAGUUUGAUGUUCAAGUGCAGAAUAUCAGUAGGUUAUGCCAUGCGAAGCCGAUUGUCACCAUAAACGGAAGGUUUCCAGGGCCGACGAUAUAUGUACAAGAAGGAGAUCGAGUUCUUGUUAAUGUUACAAACCAUGCUCAAUAUAACAUGUCGAUUCACUGGCAUGGGUUGAAGCAGUAUCGAAACGGGUGGGCGGAUGGACCUGCUUAUAUUACACAAUGUCCUAUUCAAAGAGGAAGCAGCUAUACCUAUGAUUUCAACGUUACAGGACAAAGAGGCACAUUAUGGUGGCAUGCACAUAUUCUUUGGCUAAGGGCAACUGUUUAUGGUGCAAUUGUCAUAUUGCCCAAGCAAGGAACACCUUAUCCAUUUCCUCAGCCAAACAGAGAAUUUGAAAUUCUUCUGGGAGAAUGGUGGAAUAAUGAUGUUGAGGCCGUUGUCAACCAAGGAUCCAGCAUGGGCGUGCCACCAAAUAUGUCCGAUGCUCACACAAUCAAUGGCAAGCCAGGGCCACUUUUCCCUUGUUCAGAAAAACAUACUUUUGCCAUGGAGGUUGAAGCAGGAAAGACGUAUCUCUUGAGAAUAAUCAAUGCUGCCCUCAACGACGAGCUUUUCUUUGCGAUUGCUGGUCACAACAUGACGGUUGUGGAGGUUGAUGCAGUUUACACGAAACCCUUCACUACACAAGCUAUAUUAAUUGCACCAGGACAGACCACAAAUGUCUUGGUGCAAGCCAACCAACCACCAAAUAGAUACUUCAUGGCUUCCAGGUCGUUCAUGGACGUUCCAAUUCCUGUGGACAACAAAACAGCCACCGGUAUUCUCCAAUAUAAAGGAAUCCCUAACACAAUCCUCCCAAUCCUUCCUCAAUUGCCGGCCUCAAAUGACUCGUCAUUUGCUUUGAGCUACAAUAAAAAGAUCAAAAGCUUGAACACACCUCAAUAUCCUGCUAAUGUUCCACUCAAAGUUGAUCGAAAGCUUUUCUACACGAUUGGUUUGGGCCAAAACGCUUGCCCCACUUGCGUAAAUGGAACCCAAUUAGUUGCUUCAUUAAACAACAUCUCUUUUGUGAUGCCCCAAAUUGGUCUUCUUCAAUCUCACUACUUCAAUAUCAGUGGAGUAUUUAGAGCUGAUUUCCCAGACAGACCUCCGACUCCAUUCAACUAUACUGGAGCACCACUGACUGCUAAUCUGAGAACCGCAGUGGGCACAAGGCUUGGCAAAAUUGCAUUCAAUUCUACAGUCGAGCUGGUACUCCAGGACACCAAUCUUCUUACUGUUGAGUCUCAUCCAUUCCAUCUCCAUGGCUACAACUUUUUUGUCGUUGGAACCGGGAUCGGAAACUUCGAUCCAGCCAAAGAUCCAGCUAAGUACAACUUGGUCGAUCCAAUUGAGAGAAACACAGUUGGAGUUCCCACUGGAGGAUGGACCGCCAUCCGAUUUAGAGCCGACAACCCAGGAGUCUGGUUCAUGCACUGUCAUCUCGAGGUCCAUACAGGAUGGGGUCUGAAAACAGCAUUUGUUGUUGAAGAUGGACCUGGAAAAGAUCAAUCCAUUCUUCCGCCCCCAAAGGAUCUUCCACCUUGCUAGCCUUUGUACCUGGAAAAAAGGAAGAAACAAGAGAAGAAAAAGGUGUGCGUGGAAAACACAGUGUUCGUUAGAGUCCUGCUCAAAUUGCAGGAAAUUUCUUUGCGACUUCAAUUUAUAAUAAGAUGCCAAAACAUUGCAUAUUGCUUUCAUUCUUUAUCAAGUGUAUUCAUUCAUAAAUCCAAAUCAAUGAUGCGUUUGAGGAACAGGAAACCAAAUUACAAAAA